CCUCUUUGUGCGGGUAGCGACAGUAGGUCGUAAUUAACAUGGCCAAUUUCGUGCUUUUGGACUAAAUCUGAUUUCAUUUUAAUGGCUGCCGAACCGGGGAGACUACUGGCUGGACAAGGUCAAGGAAAACGAGGCAAAGGUUCCCAAAUGAAGUCCAGUCCAGAGAAAAAGAAGAGGAAAUCUAAUGCACAGGGGACUGCAUUCUCCCAUCUGUCAGAAUUUGCGCCCCCUCCAACUCCUAUGGUAGACCACCUGGUGGCCUCCAACCCAUUUGACGAUGACUUUGGCCCUCCAUCACGUCCUAGUGGGGCAGGUGGCCCGGGAACCCCUUUCCUGCCCAGCCCAGGAGCCAGCAGUGGAGGAGGAGGAGGAGGAUAUGGAGGAGGUGGUCGUAUUGGAGGAGGAAUGGGGUUUAUGGGUGGGCCUGGAGGACCAGGUGGUCCUCAGGCCGGUCGGAGACCUCCUUUUGUAGCCCCGCCCCCCAACGCCGGACCACACAAUCCGCUGGGCUUUGGGGGAAUGCCAGGAUUUGGAGGCGGGGGCGGAGGGGGUGGUGGCGGUGGGUUUCCUCCAGGCGGGCCGUCACACUUUAACAUGGGUCCGAAUUUCAGCCCUUCUAUGCACCCAGGACAAGGCUUCAACCCCAUGCUGUCGCCUGGUGGGAUGGGGGGACCCGGUGGACCCGGAGGAGGAGGAGGUCCUCCCCACCCGCGAUUUGGGAUGCACCAGCAGCAUCCUCAGCAUGGGCAGGGUGGUCACCCAUUUAACAGCCCCCCCCUGCCCGGCGGCCCAGGUCCACGCGGCCCCCCCCACGGCCCCAUGAACCCUAUGGGGGGCAUGCCAGGUGGGAUGAUGGGAGGUCUGGGAGCGGGUGGAGGUGGUGGAAACAUGGUCGGUGGCCAUCCAGGCGUGCCCCCACAGGGACAGUUCCCUCCCCAGGAUGGUCCCUACCCUGGGUCGAGCCCUCCAGGCAGCGAGGACGGCAAGAACUUUGGGGGAGGUUCAGGCAGCCAACAGCCUGGGCCUCCUCAGCAGCAGCCGGCUAACAUGAAUCCCUCCGGUCCCCCUUCCAAUAACGCCACCCCGGGUCCGUCCCCAGCCUCAGGACCCCCUCAGCCUGUCGGAGGUUUUCCCGGCCACCCCGACGUCCAACAGCCCAACCCCAACACACCCAGUCAGCCACCGUCUGUCCCCCCACCCCCCAACCCAAACUCUUCCCCUACUGGCCCUCUGAAUGGUCCACAGCCUCAGCAGGUGCCACCCAAUCAGCAUCAGCCGCCCAAUGCAACCGGCGGUCCCGCCUCCAACAGCUCAUCCAAUCAACAGCAGCCAACACCACCCAACUCCGCCCUGGGGUCCACGCCCUACAACCAGCAAGGCAAUGCCCCUGGUGCAGGCCCACUGCCCAACCAACCGCCCAAUUCAAAUCAGAACAACAUGAACAACAGCAGUGGAGGGAACACCCCCGGGAACAACCCCAAUCCUCCGUCCAACUCCACCGCCACGCCCAACACCCAGUCCCCGCUGCCGCCCGGCCCCGCCCCUCCGCCCGGCGCCGGCCCGGCCCCUGGCCCGCAGAAGCUGGGCGGAGGGAUGGUGUUCCCGUGCGGCCUCUGCCUCUCAGAGGUGCACGACGAUCAAGAGGCGAUUUUGUGUGAAGCGUCGUGCCAGCGCUGGUUCCACAGAGACUGCAGCGGCCUGACCGAGCCCGCGUACGGACUGCUGACCAGGGAGAGCGCCGCCGUCUGGGCCUGCGACUUCUGCCUUAAGACCAAGGAGAUCCAGCCGGUGUACAUACGCCAGGGACUUGGACAGUUAGUGGCAGCCAAUGACGGCUGAGAAACCGGACAGGGGACAAAAAAAACAAAAAAAAAAACUGACGGACAGAUGCUUCAGGAUCUAGGUAGCUUUGAGGACUGAUACAUAUGGAUGACAGAGAAAGAAUGGAAGACUUUGACUCUCACACAACAUGGACAGAAAUGGACUUGUUUCUGGAGAAGUCGUACUCCAUGUAAACAUUUUCAGUGGUCCUUUUCUUUUCUCAGCAGGUUGCUCUCUCAGAGCUGAGUGCAGAGGACGUUUUAGGCGUACUUCUUCGAUACCGUCGCAUGCUUGCAUACUUCGUGGCCAAGUAAAGUUUGUGUAAUUAUUAUUCUGUGAUGUGAUUUUUAGACAGUUAAAAAUUCUGCAUAAGCCCACCAUCCUCUCUGAAGAAGAGCUCAAAACUUGAUGCCUGUGAUUGUGUCAGCCUUGAGUGUGUCACAAUGCUAUCAUGCUAACGUGCUGAUCAGAACUUCAUUGUUAUUGGCCCAGGAAGUCGGUCAACUCAGGCUUCCCCCACACGUACAGAAACUGACUCAUCGGCCAGCAAAGCACUGAUACCAGUUCACUACCUCAACACCGAACGACACAGAGGCUUCAGCACUGACGUUCCCACUGACCGGCUGACAGAAGACGGCCAUCCUGAACCGUACUACGUGCGCGCGUGCGUGCGUGCGUAUGUGUGUGUGUUAACGUUUCCUCCUCUGAAUGGUGCCAUCUCAUUGCAGGUGAUUCCAAAUGGAACUUAUCCGCUCCUGUUAAAAAAAGAAAGAGAAAAAUAAACAAAGGACUGGCGGAUGGACUUGUACAUAUGUGGAAAAAAAAAAAAUUUGUACUUGAAUGAUAUGUCUGUCCACCUAGGAAUGCAAAAGCUCUAGUGCCCAGAGAUGUGCCCGCCGUUUUG